CCAAAGGAGGCACCGGGAUUUCUGGCCUGCAUACAGCCGUGGAAGUUCCAGCAUUGGGAGAUUCGGUUAGUGUGGCAGCCCCAGUGAUUGUGGACCCUGUGAAGAAACAGGAUCCCCAACUGGUGACCCCCAAACCACGGGACACUGGCUCUCCAGAAAGAUCAGGUGUAAAAGUCCUCACUACUAUUGUGAAACAGAACAAAUCUCACACAGACAGUGUCUUGGUCAGAAUGCAACUCAAGGCUCGAGGAAGAUAAGGGGCCUAUUCAUUAUCCUAAUUAUCAUGGCCGGACGGACCCUGAUAGAUAGCUGGCUGUACAUAUUGUGCACAGAACCUCAGUAAUGCCGGCAAUCAUGGAUACUGAACAGGAAGCCAUAUAUUCUAUAGUCUUCAAUUAACAACAGAAGAAAAGGAUUUUAAGCAGAAGAUUGCAAACACUGCCUACUGGAAAAUACUCAAGGGCAUAGAAAGCGGCAAGAUCCGAUUGACUGUGUGACAAUGUUCAACUGGCACAAAACAUUUGCUAUUCUGCCACACUGGAAGAGAGCAGCAGAACCAGGCAACCAGUUGCAAGCAGGACAGACACAGGAGUAUCCGAUUUCAUGAGCUGCCGGCGGAGCUUCCCGACCAGUGGAGAGAUAGGAGGAGGAGAGAUCUGUAAGUGACCCAGGGAUCCCAGCUUCUCCUCCUCCCCGUCUUGGUGUCUGGGUCCUGUGUAACCUGUUAUCUAAUGAAAGCAUAUGGGUCUAGAGAGAGAUACACAGAGAGUCUUCCGGAGUCCCAUCUCACUGUGCAAGAAAGGUGUCAAUUCUGAAGGAGAGGUAGUAUUGACGCACAUGAAGAAACUAAUAAAUGAUUAUGAAAAUGAAUCUCAUGGUUUAACUCGGGAUGGGUUUGAUCACACAGAUGCAGCUUCAGAUUGUCCGUCAGAUGUGCCAAUGAAAGAAAAUAAUGUAUGUGAAUUGCCAGGAUGUAAUCCUCUACAGCAAUUCAAGCGGUUGUACAAAUUUGAGUCUGAGGAUUCGGGUGUUGAGAUGCCAAGUGGAGCCAACUCACCUUCUACUCCCAAAGGUUCUGAGAAGAGUUUUGUGGUGCAUAGUAGAGAUUCCUCCUGUGAUUCAGGCGUUCUUAGUGCCUCUUCCUCGCCUACCGUAGGUCAUAUGGAAAUGAGUGCUUGUACAACUGAAGACGAGGCCCAAGCCUUUCUAUCAGAUAUUGAACACUCUAAGGACUAUGUUGACGAUAUUAAAGAAGAUGUUGAAGACCAUGAAAAUACAAUAGAAGAUUUUAUAGACUGUCAAGAGGAGGAGGAGCUAGACUUGCCCCCAUGUAGUAAUGAAAAUGAACCUGCAGCCACCACUCUAUUCAGUACAGAACUUUCAUCUACAAUAGUGGAGGAAACCAAAGCCAUGGAUGACUUUUACAAAGACACUUUCAAUGAAAUCCAGGAUUUGCAUCAAUUAAAAAGAUGCCCAACAAGUGACAGUUUAGACGAAUAUAUGGACGAGUGUUGCAGGCUGAGUGAGGUAAACCAAGGAGCAUCGAAGGUACUCGGAUCAGGCCUCGGAUACUUGGAACACAUAUGUCAACUCAUAGAAAAAAUUGGGCAGCUUCAAGAGCAUAAUCUUAAACUACAAAAACAAAUAUUUACUUUACAAAAAGAAGAUCGCAUGAAACAAAUGAAAGAGGAGUACUUUCGACAGCAUUGCUCCUGUGGAGCAGCAAAUGUUUUGCUCAGUCCGUACCAGGAGGCUAAAAGGCAUUUUCCUGUGAGGAGGAACCGGCCGCACAGUAUGUUUGUACAAAGUGGAAACCAAUCUGACCUUUCCAUGAUCCCAGAAAUUGGCAUUAACAAUGAAAGGUUUGGCUACAAAGGGAAUCCUGCACAGACAGAGGGCUGGAGAAGUCCUUCCAUAUUGGGGCUAAGGAAAACCUUCAGUAAAUUAAAAUAUGAAGACAAAGAAAGUAAGCAAGCGUGGGACAGGAGCUACAGCGAUACCUUUGCACAAUCCGAACAAGAUAUGAAAAAGUUUGAUCUCCACCCAUGGGGACGAGUCAGGGAUCUUCUUAAGAAGACAAAAAAUAGGAAUCAGAAUAAACUGGGAUUAUCCUCAGCAUCACUAAAGAGAUCCUGCCCCCAGCUGUACAGGCCCGACAUUGUACACGGUGACCUUAAAAAAAGAGACAGAAAUUCAAUGAUUGUUCUUGGACAGAAUGUAAACAGGGAAAGUGCUUGGUCCAGUCUGCACGUCCUAAACAGGAAAGAAGAAGAUAUGUGAAGACACGUGAUAAAUGGCAGAACAAAGAAAGGGAAUAUAACAGACACAGACAGAAUGUAUAAGCAUGUUUGACUGUAAUGGGUAGGGAAUGAUUUGUGAAGAAUGUCUAAUGAGUUUCAAUAAGAAAUGUUAUUAUACUGUAUAUCAGAAUACAGUAUAUUGUCAUCUUGGAAGGUGAUUAUGUGAGACUUACAUCUAAACUUUGCAUUUAUUCUGCAAACGAUUUGUGUGCUCCUACGGAAGUCUUACUAUUUAUUACCUAUAACCCUUAUUCUGGGACACAUAAUGGCAGACAACAUGAUUGUAAUUUAGCUUAAAUGCAUAAAAUACACGUAUACGGAACAAUUCCUCUCCAACACAUAAGUAGUACAUUUUCUUGGAGCACAGGAGGCACUUUAAGUAUAAAGAACUUUCUAGAUAAAUAUUUUUCCGUCUGUGCCUAAGAAUAGACUUAUUAACCUGAAGUAACAUUUCUAUAUUAAUUUAAGUAUAAGAUGACCAGUUAUAACAUCACUACCUUUUGGCCAAUUUAACAGCGCUCAGUAAAAUAAAAUACAAAAAGAGAAAACAUGUAUUUUAAGUGUAGCACUUAGCAGGAACAUGAUUAUGCCAUCACAUUUUAAGAUAAUAGAAACUAAAAUAAGAUAUAUGUUUCCAGACAGAUAAAUUGUACAGCGACACUUUCAUUGGUCUAUUAAACAAAGUACUGUUCGGAAUAGUAUAUUAUGGAGACAAUACCAUCUCUUUUCAUGCAUAUUCCACCAUUUUUUAUCAUAUAAAAAGUAAUCUCCAUAUAUUUAAACUAUAUAUUGCUGAGAUAUGAAGAAGUAAACAGUCAUAUUUCAGGCUUACGUGCAUUUCAUCUGGCUCCUUCUCAUCUCUCUCUGUAUCUUCCCUACAUUAAUGUUAUUUUCUUGCAAUUGUACAUGUAGUUUCUCAGUCAGUUUCCUUGCCCAGCUGAGUAUAUUAUGGAUCGCAGGGUAUAGGUAUACACAGUGCUUUUGUUCUAUACAAAAAGGAGCUGGUACUAACCAACUGUAAAGUUACAAGUUGUUACAGGAUGGAUAAGUGUGCAGAUACUUAUUUCAUUCAUUUCUGAAAUUAUUUUACCAAUUGUUUCCUGUUUCUGGAAUUUGUUAUAAGAAAUAAAAAUUAGACCACAAAAAAAGGACUGUAAUGCAUACCCCUGAGUACCACCCCCCCCCCCCCCAAAAAAAAAGCACUGGGUAUACAAAGUGACAUGACCAGCAUCCUAAGGAUCUAACAAUGGGAUUAAAACCAAAGUUCCCAACAACCCUUCCAUUGUCAUAGCACUUCAAUUGCAAAGUUAAUGGGAUCAGCUGAACUAGAUACCCUGGUGGUACACCAGCCCCUAUAUGGUUCUCCUAGUGCAUAUCAUGGGUACCCUUUUUAUGGGAGAUGCCUCAGGAAACAAGAAGUGCAUAUACUUUCCCGGAGAAUCAGAAAGCAUGCACUGAGUACGGGUGUAAAUCUCACACAUGUUAUAGCCCUGUCACCUUUCAGCCACACUUUUAUUAAAUGGCAUGUUUCAGUUUUUAUGGCUUACAUGUCUUUAAAAAUCUGUCUACAUUGUCCAAAGUGCACCAAGAAAUGUGAUUCUCUGGUAAAGUGCAACUGCAACUAGAAGGGGCAAAACGUGUCCCAUGAAAAGUAUAGGAGCCCUGAGCAUGGUGGUACACAACCCAGUUAUUUUGUGGAGUGUGUAGAUAUCUGCAAUGCAAGGAAAGACCCUACAAUGACAUCCACUGCAACCAACACUUUAAAUUAUUCCAGACAUUUCACUCUACAGAAUAAACCCUUGUUCCUGCACUGCUCCACAAAACUAAGUGCACUGGUGUAUCUACUCCAUACCACUCUCCCUCUGCCACAUUACACUUCUGCUCCGCUGCAUAUGCCAUCUGGUUGCGUAAACCCAGACUAUUUGGAGUAAAUCUAGAUGCACUUACACAUUCUGAGGCUGAUGCCACCACCCAAAAAGGAUGUUGCCCUGCAGCCUAAGCCAUUAUGCACUUUGUACAUGAGACCAUUAUUUUUUUCACUUGUAAAUGAACACAAAUUAACUUGGUGGCAUACUUUCCCAGGUACUCCAAUAGGCAAACAGCAAACUAAGGGUCUACUACAGACCUGAUCGCUCCUCUGCUGAGGUCUGCGAUCAGAUACCCGCUGCCCAUAGAGAGUGACAACUCGCCCUGUGCAAGUGUACGAAUGCAUGCGUACGCCAUGCCAAAACUUUGCCAGAGAGUGGACAUCUGCAAAUCCAUUCACCUCUCACUCACCAUCAAAUGCACUCUGUGCAGUCUGUGCGUAGCCCAGGACUUACUCUUACAGUGCGAUAGAAUCAGGCUGAUCAGGGCCGGAGCUGACGUCACACACCCUCCCUGAUAACGCUUGGGAACGCCUGCGUUUUUCCUGACACUCCCAGAAAACGGACAGUUACCACCCCCAAACACCAGUUUCCUGUCAAUCAGCCUGCGUUCCCCUAGCGAUCAAAAAAGAGGCAGGAUUUUUCCGCAGUUUGGCCUCGCGCCUGCUCAUUACGAUCUGUACGCAUACGCAGUGAUUCGAUAAUCGGCCACUGUGCAAUUUCGCACAGCAGCGAUCAGGUCUGAAUUAGGCCCAAAGCCUGGGCCAUUUUGCAGCGGGAUUUAAAGCAGUAUUUUUGAAAAAGGCAAUACAUGCGGUGCAAUGCCUCUAAAAAACAUGCCUUCAAUCUUGCAGCAAAAACCAAAAAGUGUAAUUUAGUAAAUUAACUACUAGAUGUUUUGUAUCUGCUUUUGCCAGGCGGUUUUAGGUUUCAGCAGCAACACUGCAGUUUGGAUCUGAAAACUGCAUCCAAUGUGUGGUAGCUUGGAAACCAUAUAAUAAACCACACGCUCAUAUGUUUGUCCUUUGUUUUCUCAUUUCCUAUAUCUGUAAUGAUGACUGUAGCUUACAGAGAAGGCAGCAUAAAGUCUGAGCAGGAUCGAUGUGUUACAUAUGGAAGGGGAAGUAGGGGUGCUCUUAAAAUAUCUUAGGGUGACUUUGAGUAAUGUUAUUUACAUGUAUUUUGUGUUUGACUUGUAAAUUGUAAAUGAUAUAGUCACAUUCAUUUAUUUUCUGUAAAUCUUACCAGUCAUUUCUGUGGCUGAGAAGAUGGUUUACCCCGAUUAUUCUGUGAAUAGUCCUUCUGUUUGGUUGAUAAAGUGUUGAAAUACCAUUGUUAUUGUUACAUACUCCUAUUCCAUUUCAUAUAAUUUUUAUAAAAUUAUUUUACUCUGUUUAUACAAGCAUUAUCCGACUAUACUUGCAUAUUAUAUUUAUAACUGUAUCAACUUAUAUUUUU